AUGGUCAUGGCGGAUGGCCCGAGGCACUUGCAGCGCGGGCCGGUCCGGGUGGGGUUCUACGACAUCGAGGGCACGCUGGGCAAGGGCAACUUCGCCGUGGUGAAGCUGGGGCGGCACCGGAUCACGAAGACGGAGGUCGCUAUAAAAAUAAUAGACAAAUCUCAGCUGGAUGCAGUAAACCUUGAGAAAAUCUACCGAGAAGUACAAAUAAUGAAAAUGCUCGACCAUCCUCACAUAAUCAAACUUUAUCAGGUAAUGGAGACCAAAAGUAUGUUGUACCUUGUGACAGAGUAUGCCAAAAAUGGAGAAAUUUUUGAUUAUCUUGCUAAUCAUGGCCGGUUAAAUGAAUCUGAAGCCAGGAGAAAAUUCUGGCAAAUUCUGUCUGCUGUUGAUUAUUGCCAUGGCCGAAAAAUUGUGCAUCGUGACCUGAAAGCUGAAAAUCUCCUGUUGGAUAACAACAUGAAUAUCAAAAUAGCAGAUUUCGGUUUUGGAAAUUUCUUUAAAACUGGUGAACUGCUGGCAACAUGGUGUGGCAGCCCCCCUUAUGCAGCCCCAGAGGUCUUUGAAGGGCAGCAAUAUGAAGGGCCACAGCUGGACAUAUGGAGCAUGGGAGUUGUUCUUUAUGUCCUUGUCUGUGGAGCUCUGCCUUUUGACGGACCAACUCUCCCUGUUUUGAGGCAGAGAGUUUUGGAAGGACGAUUCCGGAUUCCAUAUUUCAUGUCAGAAGAUUGUGAACACCUUAUUAGAAGGAUGUUGGUCCUAGAUCCUUCCAAACGGCUAAGCAUAGCUCAAAUCAAGGAGCACAAGUGGAUGCUCAUAGAAGUUCCUGUACAGAGACCUAUUCUCUAUCCACAAGAACAAGAAAAUGAGCCAUCCAUUGGAGAAUUUAAUGAACAGGUUCUGCGAUUGAUGCACAGCCUUGGAAUUGAUCAGCAGAAGACUAUUGAGUCUUUGCAAAACAAGAGCUAUAAUCACUUUGCUGCCAUUUAUUUCUUGUUGGUGGAACGUCUGAAAUCACAUAGGAGCAGUUUUCCCGUGGAGCAGAGACUUGAUGGCCGCCAGCGCCGGCCUAGCACCAUUGCGGAACAAACAGUUGCCAAGGCACAAACUGUGGGACUCCCAGUGACCUUGCAUUCACCGAACGUGAGACUGAUGCGAUCUACCCUCCUCCCACAGGCAUCCAAUGUGGAGGCCUUUUCAUUCCCAACAUCCAGCUGUCAAGCAGAAGCUGCCUUUAUGGAGGAAGAGUGUGUCGACACUCCUAAGGUGAAUGGCUGUCUGCUUGACCCUGUGCCCCCUGUCCUGGUGAGAAAGGGAUGCCAGUCACUGCCCAGCAAUAUGAUGGAGACCUCCAUUGAUGAAGGCUUGGAGACAGAAGGAGAGGCUGAGGAAGACCCCAGUCAGGCCUUUGAAGCUUUCCAGGCCACGCGGAGUGGGCAGCGACGGCACACUCUGUCAGAAGUGACUAACCAAUUGGUUGUCAUGCCCGGGGCAGGGAAAAUUUUCUCUAUGAGUGACAACCCCUCCCUUGACAGUGUGGACUCUGAGUACGAUAUGGGGUCUGCCCAGAGAGACCUGAACUUCCUGGAAGACAGCCCUUCCCUGAAGGACAUCAUGUUAGCUAACCAGUCUUCACCCCGCAUGGCAUCUCCUUUCAUAAGCCUCAGACCUACCAACCCAGCCAUGCAGGCUCUGAGCUCUCAGAAACGUGAGGUCCACAAUCGGUCCCCUGUGAGCUUCCGAGAAGGCCGCAGGGCAUCAGAUACUUCCCUUACCCAAGGAAUUGUAGCAUUUAGACAACAUCUUCAGAAUCUUGCUAGAACCAAAGGAAUUCUGGAGUUGAACAAAGUACAGUUGCUCUAUGAACAAAUAGGAUCAGAGGCAGACCCUAACUUAGCAUCAGCUGCUCCUCAGCUCCAAGACCUCUCGAGCAGUUGUCCUCAGGAGGAAGUCUCUCAGCAGCAGGAAAGUGUCUCCACACUCUCUGCCAGCAUGCAUCCUCAACUUUCUCCACAGCAGAGCUUGGAAACCCAGUACCUACAGCAUCGACUCCAGAAGCCCAGUCUUCUGCCAAAGGCCCAGAAUACUUGUCCAAUAUAUUGUAAAGAACCACCUCGGAGCCUGGAACAGCAGCUACAGGAACAUAGGCUCCAACAGAAGCGACUCUUCCUCCAGAAGCAGUCUCAGCUACAAGCGUAUUUUAAUCAGAUGCAGAUAGCCGAGAGCUCCUACCCUCGACCAAAUCAGCAGCUGGCUCUUCCCCAUCAGGAGACUUCACCGCCAUCCCAGCAGCCCCCACCAUUCAGCCUGACCCAACCCCUGAGCCCAGUCCUCGAGCCCUCUUCUGAGCAGAUGCAAUUUAGCCCUUUCCUCAGCCAAUACCCAGAGAUGCAGUUGCAGCCCCUGCCCUCCACACCCAGCCCCCAGGCUCCACAUCCCUUACCCUCACAAUUGCAGCAGCCACCCCCACCGCCUCCUCCUCCUCCACCUCAGCAGCCAGGAGCUGCUCCAACCCCCUUACAGUUCUCCUAUCAGACUUGCGAGCUGCCAAGCACCACCUCCUCUGCACCAGACUACCCUGCUCCCUGUCACUAUCCUGUGGAUGGAGCCCAGCAGAGCAACCUCACAGGCGCGGACUGUCCCAGGAACUCAGGACUUCAGGAGACCCCAUCUAGCUAUGACCCGCUGGCCCUCUCUGAGCUCCCUGGACUCUUUGAUUGUGAAAUGCUAGAAGCUGUGGAUCCACAACACAAUGGAGUGGCUUGUCCUAUCAGCAGAUGAAUGCACUAAGCACAAAGCGUCUUCCUUAAAGCACAAGAAGAGAGCUACUACACUGAUGCUGCAUCUAGAAACACCUAUAAGUUGCCUUUCCUCUCUGUAGUAAGUGUCCAGGCAGGCAAGGGAAGACUAGGCAUGGGAAGUCUACGGAGAGCCAUCCUGGUCACCAGCCCAACCCCUGCCAGUGGUGGCGAUUCAAGCAUCUUUGAGGCUGGCCAGAGACUGUAGUUGUUGGGUCCCCACUGGUGCCAGGCUGCUUUGCAAAUGCGCUCUGCUUAGAAUUGGGCUGUGGGUGUCAGCAGGAAUGGCUAGCAGGAGGGACUGUCAUUUUUGUGAUUUAAUAACUGAAAAUCCAGUAAGGAUAAAUUGUGUUUCUUUUAUUGAUUCUGUUCCUCCUCAUGCUUAAGAUUGAUGAUUUUGUGAGAUAAAGAACAUCAUUUCAUUGGAGAGAUCAUUUCAUUAAGAUCUCUAAUAUGUUUUAAAGCUUUGCAGAAUAAGCCAGCUAUAAAACGGGGCUUGAUUUGUUUAGACUGGAGGAGGAUGUUUUCCCAAAAUAUACUGCAGAAGCGCUGUAAUAUUGACAAAUGAAAAUGCCUUCCAGAUUGAAAAUGGGGGCCGCUCAUUUCAGGACUGCAGGAACAGCACCGCUACAGAUUGGCAUAAACCCCUGCCCCCCAACAGG